CGUGCGCGUCACCGGCAGUCGCGUACGUCCGUAUCACGAUCGGGUGACCGGCGAAAGUUCGUGUUUUUCGUUUCGAAAUCGUUGUAGUUUUUUUGGCGUUUAUGUAUCGUUUUGUGUGACUUGUAAAUUACAUACAUUUUUUCUGAUUUUGUCUUAUAUAUUAUUAGAUAAGUGUAUAUUUAGUGAUUUAGUGUUUAGGAAUUUCGUAGAGAGUAUUAACCGUGCGGUCGCUAACGCCCGUGUGCGUGUGCGAGUGUGUGCGUGUGUGUGUGUGUGUGUGUGUGUGGAUAUUUGAGUGUUUUUUUUUUAUAUUUUGAUUACAUUUUUUUUCUCGAAAUGACUGACAGUAGCUAUAAUUCACCAGCCCGGAGUUAUGGGUCACCAGCCAGGAGCUUGAAAAUGUUAGACAGGGUAUACGGUUCUCCGGCUCGCUCAUAUUGUGGUGAUCAUUCUUCCGCAACCGAGUCUGAAGGAGAAGAAACAUUGGAAUUAUUAACUGAAAUACCAAGUUUACCGGACCAAACAAUUUUAGACGGUUGGCUAAAAUUCAGGGACAACAAGAAAUGGAGACACAGAUGGGGCGUUAUGACAAAACUAUCACCAGCUGCAGACUGCCUGCAUUUGCAACUAUACAGGGACAGUAAAGACAGAUACAAACACGGCCAAACGAAGGCUUCAUUAUCUUUGCAACACUUCUUAGGAGUAGAGUCUGGAUUUACGCUGGACAAAGAAUCCAACACGAUAGCUAUUAUUUGCCAAGACGUCACCGUUGUAUUAGCGUUUGAUACCCGAGAGAGACUAAUCCAGUGGCAAGUUAAGAUAUCUUCGAACUUGGGAGACGACCAACAGUUUUUGAUCCAAAUAUCAUCCUGUCCUCCCAAGUCAAAAAUAUCUGCAGGACCUGCCAGGUUACACAUACAAGACUUGAGAUUCUCGAUGACAACUGGAGUACCACCAAGAUUAGCUGGUGUUUGGGAACUCCGACACUUGAGGAAAUAUGGAGUUAUUGAAAAUCGGUUUUGCUACGAGGGCGGUUCGAGGUGUGGCAAAGGAGAGGGCUUGUUUGUGUGUUUUACCGACCAGGGAGAUGAUAUAACUAGAUGCAUGAACUUAGCGGCUGAAGGCAAGUUGGCUACCAGGAAGAGGUUACUCUCUAGAAAUAUGUCGGUUUUAGAAAGUCCGUCCAGAAGAGGUCUCUUGUCUCGCUUAGAUUCUAGAGCUUCCGAGUACGGUACUGAUCAAAAUUCAUUCAAUCAACAUUCUCACGACAGAAGCGAAGACAACAUGUGUUGGCCAUCUAACGAAAGUCGAUUAGAUAAUUCGGACUUUGGAGACACGGCGUCUGUUGGAGACUUUCAAGAUCAAAACUUGCAGGAAUGCACGUGGACUCCAGAAACAGCUUUGGAACGAUGUGCCAGCUGUAUAAGUAAACUUGGAGCUUUGUCUCGUUCUUCAACUAUGGCUAAUACCCCUGGAAGCAUAGGCUUUAAUCCAGCAUGGACUAUGGAUAACAAUGUAUCAUCGCUGAAUUACAUACCAGAAAUGAAUAAUGGACAUCAGUGUUGUGGAUAUAUGUCGUCGCAGAGCAGCAGCAGUGGCGGAAGCGCCGGAUGUAGCUCUGUGUGUGGUACCGAGUAUUCUGUACCUAGAAAAGUAUGCGCCUCCAUGACUGACAAAGUGAACAAAAUUCAAUCUGAAGCGUGUGCGCCGAACAGACCACCGAAACCAAUACACCUAAAGCCGGAAACGAGUACGCCAGUGAAAAAGGCUCCAAUGCCUCUACCACAACAGGACACGUGUGUGUGCCGGUGCACUACUUCGGACAAACCCAGACAAUCCUACCUCAAUAACUACGAUACUCCUAAGAUUAUGUGCACAAACACAAAACAGAAUAAGCCGUACUCGUCAAUACAAGAUGAAUACUACGACACGCCGCGGAACAUCAAAUCUUCGUUGGAAAUUAACCCCUACGGCAAUUACGAUACGCCUCCAUCGCCCGUGGCAGUUCAUAAAAAAUCCAAUGCCAGUACGCCGAAACAAACAGAUAGCCCGCAAUGCACGGGAAUUUGCCCUUGCCAGAGAGCCAUGACUUGUUGGUCUCAUAAUAACUGGAUGACGAUGCCUCCUCGCUGCAGACGAAAUCAAACCGACAAUCAACAACCAAAUUUUACCAACAAUUGCCAACCCAACGGGGCUAUUUACGCGACCGUGGACGUGUCGAAGAAAAAGAAGCACGCGGAACCGCUUCCGGCCGCGCCCACCAGCAGUAACUACAUGAACUUGGAACCGACCGGCGUGGACGGUAAACAGCAACAGCCGACCACCGUCGCCCAAAACGGGCGAAAACCGACGACGGACGCGAACUACAUGAACUUGGAGUUUAGCGAAUCGCUCUGCUACUACGAAAACGCCAAAAACGUGUUGACCAAAGCCAACGCUCUGGCGAACGCGUGCGACAAGUGCGGUCAUCAGAAGCGUUGUGGCAGUGGCGGCAGUGGCGGCAGUGGCGGCAGUGGCGGAUCCGACGAAAAGGGCGACUACAUGACCAUGGAACCGGUCAACGGUCGUAUGGUGGAAACCAAGCGUAACCUGUUUCCCGGUUACCUGCCGAUGUGUCCGACGGCGACCAACAGCAACGGCAACAGCAACAGCAACGGCGGCAAGCAGCAGGACAUGUUGAAGAACAUAUUGAACAGAGGCCUGGCCGAAAAGUCGGCGAGCAUACCGAGUCUGAACGAGUACAAAUCGGCGGCGGCGUCGGCCAACGGCAACGGUUGGAAAAACCCCGGAUCGGCCGACACGCAGCACCGGAGGCGGUCCAGUUCGGCGGACUCGUCCAGGUGCGACGACGACGACGACGACGCGUCGGCGCUGGACCGAUCGGGCCGGGGCGCCGUCACCGGUUGUUCGGAUCACACGUCGUCCGCCGAAAGCAUGACCAGCCAGAUCGCGUGCAAACGUCCCGCGACCUCGGCCGGCGGCGGCGGCGGCGCGUCCACCGCGUCCGACGGCAGCGUGGCCGCGGACGACCAGCAGACCGCUCUGGUCCACAUCCGCCGGUCGUCCAGCGUGCCGUGCAAGAACAACCGGGACUCGUCCAGUUCCAACGACUCGGGCGUGUCCACCGGUUCGCUGCGGUACCGGGGCGCCGACUUUGCCGAGUUCGAGUUGCCGCUGACCACGGCCAUGUCGACGAUGCGGCACAGGCGCACCAUGGCCGCGGCGGCCACGGCCGCAGCGGCCGGCAACGGCACCGCGGCCGACGGUUCGGCGGCCGAGUGCGGAGGCCACCGCGGCGGCGGCGGCGCGGCCGGCGGUUGCGUGCACGGUUCGCUGCCCAGGCGGUCCAAGUCCACGGACCGGCUCAAGGAGCUCAGCUUCAGGUUCCAAAAGUUCGCGGGCUCCAUGAAAUCGUCGUCGGCCGGUGCCGAGGUUCCCGUGUGCUUGAAAAAAGAUAAAGGAUGUAACGUGCACGCGGAAGGAAACUCGGCCGUGCCGUUUUUGGACUCUCAGAGCACGAGCAGCUACACGUCGGACAUGAGCGACUAUAUCGAGACGCUGUCGUUGUCCUCACACAGUUCGUCGGACACCACCAACAACGAAAACCAGAGGUGCGGUAGACAGGCCAAAACUACGUUAAAACCGAGGUCCGGCAAGGAAUACCAUCAGAUCGGAUUUUUUCUAGACGGCGACCUGAAGGUCAAAUCCGACAUACCACCAGUUCCUGAAAAGACGGAAACACCUUCACCUAGAUAUGCCACGGCUCAAGAGAGCAACGUCGUCUGAUUGAACACUAGGAGAAAUAGUGUAUCCGAGAAAGAUGUUAUACGAUUAUUUUUUCCACUCCCCAUAACAUGCAUUUGACUUUUUACAGAAAAGACAAGGACGGGAAAACAAUGAUUGAAUUAAACUGUACAUUAUUAAAAUUUACUGAAAAUAACAUAUCACAACAUGUAUAAAUAUUAAAUACUACUGUAAUAAUAUACUUAAAUAAUAAUAAUGUAAUUUUAAAGUGUUGAAUUUAAGACUGCCAACUCAAAAAAAAAUGUACUUUA